AUGGCGAGUGGAAAACCGAUAUGGGAUCACAGCCUUGGUGUGAAUAUUUUCAAGCUCUUGAUGAGAAUCAGAAGAGAUGAGUUGGCGCAAAUUCUAGAGGACUUGUGUGAAGAAGGAAAAGAUUUUAUAGGGAAGUGUUUUGCGAUGGAUCUGAGAAAGCUAUGGACUGCUGAGAUGCUUCUAAGCCACCCCUUUGUUUCUGAUUAUGACAUCGUUUUGGUGAAAGAUAAGGAAGAGCUCUUUUGGUGGUUCACCAUCUCCAAUAGGCAAUUUUGA